UCGCGCGCGUACGCUCGUACAAUACGAGCGCGCAGCGCCAGUGCCACUACUUAAGCGGCUGAUCACCUGCUCUCCCACCGAUUCCGGUCGCCUCUCCCUUUCGCCCACACGCCGUCGUCACAGGCUCAUACUAGCUAGCUUUACGCGAGAGGAGGAGGAGCACGCCUCGGGGAUAGCCGGAUAGGGGUAGCUAGCUAGCUAGCUCCACCGCGGCGAGCGAACACAUGUCGGCGGCGGUGGCUCCCCGCGUGGCCGGCGCCGCACGGAGGCUGUCUCCGUCUCCCAAGCCGGCCGGCGCCAGGGAGAAGGACAAGGAGGAGCCUCCCUCGCGCGAGGGCGCCGCGGCGGCCGCCGACAAGGCCAGGAGGAGGCUGCUGCCGGCGGCCCCGGCCAGGGGCGCCGCGGCGUCCAUGCUGCUGCGCCGUGCCGGCGCCGGCGCCGGUGCGCGGGGGAGCAGCUACGUGCACCCGUCGUCGUCGCUCAGUGUCUCGUGCGCGUCGGAGGCGUCCACGGAGUCGUUCUGCAGCCGCGCGUCGACGGGCCGGAUCGGCCGCCGCCCCGCGGGCCCGCCCGUGGGAGCCCCGCGGCGGCGGGCGGCGGGCUCGGUCGGGCCUCCUUCGGCGCGGCCGGCCACGUCCAGGAAGGUUGUCAGCAGCGCCGUGCCAGGCGGUGCGGCCACUGCUGCUCCGGCACUGCCGAUGCUGGGCUCGGUGAAUGGAGAGCACACCGCGACGUCGGCGGGGCCGCCGAGGUGCCCCUGGGUUACCCCUAACACUGAUCCCUGCUACGCUGCCUUCCAUGACAAAGAGUGGGGAGUGCCAGUACAUGACGACAAGAAACUGUUUGAAAUGCUUACUCUCUCCGGUGCACUGGCUGAGAUGGCAUGGCCUGCAAUUCUCAGCAAGAGGGACACCUUCAGAGAAGUGUUCAUGGACUUCGACCCCCUGUUGGUGGCGAAGCUGAACGAGAAGAAGUUCUUGGCGCCAAGCAGCCCUGCUAGCUCCCUGUUGUCCGAACACAGGCUGCGCAUAAUCAUCGAAAACGCACGUGAGCUGCUGAAGGUCAUAGAGGAGUUUGGAUCGUUCGACAGCUACUGCUGGAGCUUCCUUAGCAACAAGCCGAUGGUUGGCAGAUACCGGCACACGCGGGAGGUGCCGCUGCGGACGGCGAAGGCCGACGCCAUCAGCCAGGACCUGAUGCGUCGGGGGUUCCUCGGCGUCGGCCCGACGGUGGUCUACGCCUUCAUGCAGGCCGUCGGCAUGGCCAACGACCACCUCGUCACCUGCUACCGCUUCGAGGAGUGCUGCGACAUCAAAGACGCCGCCGCAACUGACGGCUACGGUGACAGUUGCAAGCCGGCAGCGGUGAGCGAGCAGGAGGUGAGCAUGCUCUGUGGGCUGGUGCAGUGCGUCGGCCUGGAGCCGUCGAGAGCCGCCACCGUGAUCAGCAUCUCAUAGCAGCCAGCCAGCUGCAUGCAGCUACCCGGUGAUGACGAAUGAGUAGGGAUUAGGAGAGUUGAUUCCACUACUUAAUCGUGCUGGUGCAAUGAUUGGAUGUGUAGAUAUUGGUCGUGUUUGAGCGAGGUGUACAUGGUUGUUGAUGUGAGGUUUGAGAAAUUGGGGUUUGCUUGAGCUGAGGAUGUUGAAAAGAUGUGUAGGUAUAGGACAGGAAGUUUCAGACGACGUGUUCACAUUUCACAUUACAGGCCGGCGUGUGUUGAACUAAAGGAGUGGUGUGGUGGUCCUGGUGGAGCCGGUGCAGAUCUUGUAAAGUUGCAAAGAUUGUUCUCUAACCGAUAUGCAAAGCAAAAGAAAGUCUCUUCCUUGGGCUUUGUUUA